CCUUGCUGCAGCAUUUAAAGUCUGGAUGACUCCCUCUUCAUCAUCUUCUCCGCUUCUCUUCAGCCCACAAGAUUUCCACCACCCACCAUGACCACCCCCGCCCCCACCGUCCACGGCCAUUGCGACCCCCGCUUCGCGACCGUCGCCUCAGCGCUCGCGCGCCAAAUCUCCAGCGGAAACGAACUCGGCGCCUCGAUCUGCGUGAGCCUAAACGGCGAACCGGUCGUUGAUAUCUGGGCCGGCCACGCAACCCCGGCAAAAGACAAAGAGUGGGAAAAAGAUACCAUUGCGCCUGUUUGGUCGAUCUCCAAGACAAUCACCGCCCUCGCAGUCCUCCUCCUCAUUGACCGCGGCCAAAUUUCCCCGGAUGACCCCGUGCACAAAUACUGGCCGGAGUUCGACACCGAGGAUAAGCGCGGUGUCCUUGUCAAGCAUUUCCUAGCGCACACCUCGGGCCUGCCCUCGUGGGACCCUGAAAUCAGCGUCGAGACGCUCUUUGACAUCCCGCUCUCGACUGCGAAACUCGUCGCGCAGAAACCCUGGUGGGAACCGGGAACCGCAAGCGGGUACCACCUCAUCUCGCAGGGCCAUUUGCUCGGCGGCCUCCUGGAGCGCGUAACGGGCAAACCGCUACCGGAAUUCGUCCGCGACGAACUCGCUGUUCCGCGCGACGCCGACUUCCACCUCGGUCUUCACGACGAGAGCCAAUGGCCGCGCAUCGCCGAAAUGGUCCCCCCGCCACCCAUGCCCAAGGAGUUCAUGCAGGCCGCCGCGGCAUCCAGAGCACCGGGCGGAGGGGGACCGGGGAUCGGGCUGCGCGCGAUGUUCGGAUGUCGUUUGGACGCAGAAACAUGCAAUACGGCGCCCUUUCGCACAUGCGGGAUCGGGUCCAUGGGCGGGAUCUCGAAUGCGCGCGGGUUCAACCGCAUUCUGGAUAUCGUCACUCUCGGCGGCGCGGCGGGCGGGAAGAGGUACCUGAAACCGGAGACGGUGGAUCUGAUUUUCGAGACGCAGGCGGAUGGGAUUGAUCUCGUUCUGGGAUCGCCGCUGAAGAUGGGAAUGGGGUUCGGGCUUGUGAAUGGGAGUCUGGCGUGGAUGCCCGAGGGCAAGGUCUGUUUCUGGGGUGGGUAUGGAGGGUCGCUGGCGGUUUUGGAUCUGGAUCGGAGGAUUACGAUUACGUAUGCGAUGAAUCGGAUGGAGAUGGGGACGUUGGGGAAUUCGAAUGCGGAGGAGUAUGUCAAGGCGGUCUAUAAGGUGGUUGAGGGGUUGGGACAGGCGAGUUUAUGAGGUGCAGCGUUGGGGGAGGAGCAUGUACCUUUUGCUGGGUUUGCUGUUUGAGGGGAGGACUCGGUGGUGUGUACAUAACGCCGACAUGGCAAAGCAGAUCUAGAAUUGGAGAUAUAAUUCCAGGACGUAACUACUUUUCGCAC